ACAUUAGUAAGAGUUCUUAUUUAGUUAUUCUCUUUGGUGAUCCUAGUUUAUUGUUCAAAAACGUGCUCAUAUUAUUUUGAUUAAUUAGACUGAUUAUUUAGAUUGUUAUCAAUUUAAUAAUAACGACCAAUUGAUAUUUAAAAAUAUAACAAAACAAUGUCUAAACGUCCAGAACAUUUAGCACCUCCCGAAGUGUUUUAUAAUGAAGAUGAGGCACGAAAAUAUACACAAAAUUCACGUAUUAUGGACAUUCAAGUGCAAAUGUGUGAGCGUGCUCUAGAACUAUUAUUAUUGCCAGAUAAUUUACCAGCAUUAUUAUUAGAUAUUGGUUGUGGUUCAGGAUAUAGCGGUAGUGUACUGGAGGAUGAAGGACACGUUUGGAUUGGAAUUGAUAUUUCUUCCGCUAUGCUUAGAGUUGCUCAAGAAAGGGAAACUGAUGGCGAUUUCAUUUUGGGAGACAUGGGUCAAGGCAUGCCAUUUAGAGCAGGAACUUUUGAUGGGGCAGUGAGUAUUUCUGCUUUACAAUGGUUGUGUAAUGCGGAUAAAUCUACUCAUAAUCCCAGCAAGAGACUAUAUUGUUUCUUUUCUUCGCUUUAUUCUUGUCUUACAAGAUCUGCUAGAGCAGUUUUUCAAUUUUAUCCAGAGAAUAACGAACAAAUUGAAUUAGUAAUGUUACAAGCUACGAAAGCUGGAUUUUUUGGUGGCAUGGUCGUUGAUUUCCCUAAUAGUACAAAAGCAAAAAAGUUCUUUUUAGUUCUAAUGACAGGAGGACCAGCUGCUCUUCCCCAAGCUUUAGGUACAAAUGAGGAAAAUUCAAAUGUUGCCUAUACGUCGAAAAGAGAAUAUAUUAAAAAAGCUAGAGGUAAACCUUUAAAGAAAAGCAGAGAUUGGAUCAUAGAAAAAAAGGAAAGACGUAAAAAACAAGGUAAACAAGUUCACGCAGAUUCUAAAUAUACCGGUAGAAGAAGAAGUGGUCGUUUGUGGUAAUAAGUUUUUUCUAAUAAUACUAUUAUUCUGUGAUAAGAGAACUAU